CCCUGCAAGACAGGCACAGAUGGUGCGGGGAGACACGGAGAGACGCGGGGAGACGUGAAGAUGGAGGAUGACCCUGCAAGACAGGCACAGAUGGAGGCGGGCGUGAUGGAGCGAGUGUGGAGCCUGCGCAAGGCCGGGUUGUGGGCACCACAGCGUCUGCCCCGCGUGGCCGAGCCUCCACGUCCACGCGCACACUGGGACUGCCUGCUGCAGGAGAUGGAGUGGAUGGCUGAGGACUUUGCCCAGGAGCGACGAUGGAAGAUCGCUGCGGCCAAGACGCUGUGCGUGUCGGUGUCUCGCCACGUGCAGCGCGAGGCGGCCAGGAGGAUGCGCGAGGAGUCGUGGCGCGGUGCGGCGCUGCGGAGACUCGCUCGACACGCAGCCAGCGCCGUGACGCAGUUCUGGGGAAACAUGUGGCGGGUCGUCCGCUUCAAGGAGCAGACCCUGGUGGGGGCUGCGGAGUCACGUGACCCGGCCCCAACGCUCUGCACCAAUCAGCACACAGCGGGGACGGGCAGGAAGAGAUGGGGGGGAGAUUCAGAAGGACCCUGCAGAAAACGUCGACAUCGAGGUGAUGGUGGUGGUGGUGGUGAUGGUGGUGGUGGUGGUGAUG